GGAAUCUGAAAGUGGUGGCCUUGUGGCUGGUGCUUCCCCUUUUGCAGCUUUAUUUCUGCAGGGAUUCUGAAAUAAUUUCCUAGUUAUUAUGCAUUCAUAUUUUUCCCUUGACACCCUGUGCCCGCCCAGCAGCCAGGCGAUAAGAUUGACAGCGCAGCAGGGGCCGAGCAUUGUGCAGAGCAGAGCCCUGCAGCCACCCAGCUCCAGCCCCGCUCACUGUGACCGCGUCUCACAGCACCAUGAAGGGCUCUGUAGCAGCCCUGGCCGCUCUGCUCCUCCUGGCCCUCUGCUCCUUGGCUGUGGACUCCUCUCCUGUUUAUGGUGACCCCCCCACAGCAUGCUGCUACAGCUAUGUGUCACGCCCCAUCCGUUACAGACUCAUUACUGCUGUCUAUGUCCUUAGCAGCGCCUGCCCCCAGCCAGCAGUGAUCCUGGUCACCAAGAAGGGGAAGCAGAUAUGCGCAGACCCAAAGCACUUCUGGGUGCAGGCGCUCCUGGAGCUCUUCCAGAACAGAAUAACUGCUAUCCCAGCUGCUGUGAAGGAAGUGAAAAUGCAGAGAUGAUGCAGAACACCUCAAAAUGCUUGUUAAGGAGUCAGAGGCUCUGAUGUCUAAAUAAAUCUCUUGCAUUAGGAAA